AUGACUGCUACCGAUGUCAAACCUAAAGUUCUCCUGCUGGGGCGCAUUGUCCACGCAACCAAAACCUGGCAAUCCCUCAGCGAAAUCGCCGAAUUAGUCCAACCAACCGCCACCAACCGAGCUGAAUUUCUCGAGGAAUGUCGCUCCGGCAAACUCGGCGGCGUGGUCGCUAUAUACCGGACGCUUGACUCGAUAAGCAUCACAGGCCUCGUGGACGAAGAAGUGGUGAAUGCAUUUCCUAGCUCGGUGAAGUACCUAGCCCACUGUGGAGCCGGAUACGACCAGGUAGACGUCCGCGCAUGCAGCGCUCGCAAUCCGCCCAUACGCGUAUCCAACGUUCCGACGGCGGUCGACGACGCAACUGCCGAUGUCAAUAUGUUUCUGAUCAUUGGAGCUCUGCGGAAUUUCAACGUAGGUAUGCAGACCCUGCGCGAGGGUAAGUGGCGCGGACAACCGGCUCCUAUCCUGGGCCAUGAUCCGGAAGGCAAAGUCCUUGGAAUUCUAGGGAUGGGUGGGAUCGGACGGAAUCUAAAGAGGAAGGCCGAGGCGUUCGGAAUGCGGGUUAUUUAUCAUAAUCGACGGCCGCUGACGGAGGAAUUGGCUGCCGGGGCACAGUACGUGUCGUUCGAUGAAUUAUUGGCUACUAGUGAUGUGAUCAGUUUGAAUCUGCCAUUGAAUAAAAACACACGCCAUAUAAUCAGCAAGCCCCAAUUCGACAAAAUGAAAGAUGGAGUGGUGGUCGUGAACACAGCCCGUGGCGCCGUCAUGGACGAAGAAGCCCUCGUGAACGCCCUAGACAGUGGCAAAGUCUACUCUGCCGGACUUGAUGUUUUCGAAGACGAGCCCGAAAUUCAUCCCGGUCUUCUACGUAAUCCGAAUGUGAUGCUGGUCCCGCAUAUGGGGACAUGGACGGUCGAAACCCAGACAGCCAUGGAAGAGUACGCGAUUGAAAAUCUGCGUCUGGCUCUUGAGACUGGGAAGUUGAAGAGUCCUGUUCCUGAACAGGCGGAUCUAUAA